AUGGGUGCAGUGCCGAGUCGCGAAACCGUUGAACACUGGCUCUCUCAGCCACCCUUCUACGGCCAGCGCCAGCAGAUUGUUCUCGUUCCGCUUCUGAAGAAGUUCUUUCCGAGCCCAGACUGCUCCUUGUUCGUGCAGCUCUAUGAGGCACGAUGUGAUCCAGCGGUGCGGUACUACUACUAUGCCAAUGACGGGAUCAACAAGGUGCAAUCGACGCCAACCUCGCCGGUGUCUCCGAUGGUGUACGCGGCACACGAGGGCGUCGACAACGUUGCUUCCCCCACCUACCUGGCUGAGGUGAUCGGCAAUGCUCCUGUCUACUGCCCUCCCGCUGACGUGUUUCCAUCUGUGAACUUGACGCGGGAGGCCAUGUAUGAUGCUUACAUCACCAACGGCGGAGAGAAAAUGGUCUACGAGACGGACGAGGAGAUGCUGCGAGCCUACCGUGCAGAUGCAACGUCGGUGCGGCCGCUGCCGUGCGUUGUGGCUUUCCUCUACCGCCGACCGGCCUCGGCAGCAAGUCCCACCACUUCUGCUGCUACGGGUGAUGCUGGCUUCGAGGGGAGCUUGGAGGGAGCCUCCAUUGACGGGACCGCUGCUGUCGAUGCCCAUAGCGUCCCUAAAGGCUGCACCGAGGUGCUAGGCUGCUACGUGAAGGCGACAGGGUUCGUCGGCGACGUGCGCGGGCUGGGUGCUUCGUGCCCACGAAAGAUGCUGGACUGCGAGAUGCAGAUGUUUCUGACAAAGUCUGCCGGCGACCACCACCGCUCGCAUGUCCUUCUUACGGCGAUCUACACGUACGCGGAGCAGUGGCAGCGUGCGUGUCUGCACUGCGUGCCGUGUGAUAUCACAGCGAAGGAGCUGGCGCCAGCGGUGACGAAAGGCGGCGACACUGCUGACAAGGAUCUCGGCGACGUCUUCUUCUACUACAAGCCUUUCUCCCAAUCACACUACAUGCUUGCGGAGGCGAGCCGCAUAGCUGGGCAUAAUCGCACGACGAAGCUCGAAGCCGCCGAGAGAAACGGGAACAGGAGCGGCACCCUUGCGAUGGACGAAAAGGCUCGGUUUUGGGCACCACCGCCGCUGCCGUCACUCGUGAUGCGUAGCCGCCGGGCUAAUGUGCCGCUACUGUGCUUCCUGCGUGAGAUGCGCACGUGCGCGCGCUCGUUCUUUCUCUUCCACUUCAAGCACUCCCUUGAGCACCAGGACUUACUGAAGCUGGGGUGUGGCGAGAGGGUCGGCGGUGCCGACGGCGGACAGGAUCGGCAGACUGAGAACAAUCAUCUCACCACUCCCCUCGACCACGGAGCUGGGGCGAACUGUUUCCUCGGCAUGCCCCCGCUCGGCAGCGUGCAAAUGUGGCUGCAGGGAGCGACGCGCGCGUCGGCGUCGCUUGCUGAAUUCGGUGACGAGGGCUCCAGCACGGAUACAGAGUCGAUGCUAAACUUUCACGUCAUGGCGCCGUACGUGCGUGCAUUCUCUGAGUUUAUUGUGGCCUGCCUGCUGCACAACAUUAACCCGCUAGAGGCCUCCCGGCUUUCGUCUGCACCGGACGAUUCGGCGAUCGCGGCGGCGUCCGCGGGCGAUGACACGAAGGACGCCACCACGACAGGGGAAGCACCUACCACUGAUGCGAUGGGCGGCAGUCCUUUUUUCUUCACCUCCCCCACCGACGCGGCCAUGAUGGCCGCGAACCCGACAUUCCCGCGGUCUUUCUCGUCCAUCCGCCUGCGGGACGAGGACAUGCUCGUACAACCUUGGCCACCCAGCAGCAGCGGAGGUGAGACAGGUGAUGAAGCAUUCGCCACCACCGCUGCUGCUACUGCUGCUGCUUCUCCCUCAAGUGCUGGGUUGCUCUCGGUGUGGCGGUCUAGGCUCACGGACCAUCAUCUGUUCUGGUCGGUGGGACCGAGCAUCGCGAAUCGGCGCACCGCCACGGCGGCGUUGCUGCACUGGUACAAGACUGAACAAGCUCCUGUGGUGUGGGGGUGCAACCUGGACGAGAAGAACUGCAAGAUGGUCGCUGACGGCAAGGAGAGCGCCACCGCCAGCUGCAACGUGACAGCGGAGGCUUUUCCCUCCUCAUCCUUGCGGAGCUACAUGAGCACGGUGACAGUGAAUGGGCAGAAGGAGGAGCUGCUGCGCUGCAACACGGUGCUCAGCUUAAUGCGGUUGGAGGCCGGGAUGCCAGCAGAGGCACGCGUGCUGCGUGUGUGUCGCAUCCCGCUGGAGGAACUGCUUCUCGGUGAGCUGCGCAACUCUAGCAAGCUCGCUCGCGAGGCAGGGCCAGAGGACCCGCACUGGGUGCGGCAGACGGAGAGCCCCAGCGGCGAUGGGGGCGCGACGAAGUACGCGGGCUGCGUGCUACACGCAUCCAAUCCGGCUGAGGGGGAGUCCAGAACGGUGAUUGCGAGCAAGGGCGUGGAACUCCCGGUCGUGCCACCGGAGGCUGACGGGAUCAUCGGUGAUGGGACAUCGUGUCUGUGGCGGGUCAGCUUGAUAGAACGCAUGUGCCGCAUCAUCGCUGUGACGCCGCAGUUCCUGAAGCCGAUCCGCAAGAAGCACCCCAAGAAGAAGUUGCAGCCGAAGACAGCCAUCGUGCACGGUACGGCGUCGAACGUCUUUCUACUAGUCGCCUCCCCCUCACCCACCGCCGCUUCGCCCACGUCAGUGUCGCCAACCACGACAGGGCCCGCGCAGAAGGGUGCGGUAGAGCCGAAGGAGAACGAGACGACGCCAGCGAGGGCCUCAGUGGUCACAUCACCAGACAGGCAGGGUGCGGUAGCGCUGGAGGAGGCAAGGCCCGGCGGCACUGUAACCGUGCCGGACCCUCUUGCGCCCGAUGCCGCCACUGCCACCGCCGCCACCACCGCAUACGCCUCAGCCGCAGCGACCACGAAGACCAAAAAGAAGACGCAAAGGAUGGCGGACGUCGCCGCAGCGCCAAGCUUUGCCUUCACCCCUACCGCGACCGAGUCGAGGACUGAGGAUAAGGCUGCACCCCCUGCAGCGGUCCGCGCCACCAAUGCGGCUGUCGCCACUGACACCGCUGCUGUCGCUGCUCAGCUCCACUCUACGGAGGGAGCAAAGACGACUCCAGCGGAGAACUCGAAGAGGGCAGGGGCAGCAAUGAAGGGUUCAUCGCAGACUUUGACUCACACUCAUGCUGUAGUAGAAGAGAAGCAGAGCAAGCCUUCAGCAUCGUUAACUCCCAUCGUGUCUGCUGCCACAAAAGCAAAGACGACCAAGUCCACCGCUCGUGCUCCUGGCGCUUCAGCGGCCGCGGAGAAGGCAAACGAGGUGCAGGCACGCAACGCUGCCUCACGCAGUGGCGCCGCGGGGGCCGCCGAAACCUUCGCGACAAAAACUCCCACCGCAAAGCAUGCGACCAUCCCAACGGCAGAGAGGCAGAACAAGAUGUCAUCACCGCCGCGACCCCUGCAGCCCCCGGUGCCGGCUGGCGAGUAUGACUCGAACAGCAGGAGCAACAAAGCCGCACCGGGUGACAAGCACCCGGGCUCCUCCACCGCUAGCUCGUUUGGUGGCGCCAGCGCGACAGCUUGUGCACCGCCCCACCCGCCAGGGGACAUCUACUACCCGGUCCCGCCGUUGUGCGAAGCCAAGACGCUGCAGCAACUGCUGCGAGACCCCUACGAGCAGCACGGCUACGGCUACCAAGUACCGCCACCACCUCUGCCUUUUGCAGACCCGCACAGCAUCUCCAACGCCAUACCGAGCUGCGUGGGCUACUACUGCAGCUCCGAUGGGUAUCAGCCGCACGUCGGCUACGGCGGCGGCUUCGUCAGCAGCAACAGCCAUGCCGCUGCGUACUACAACACAGACAUGCGCGGCGGAGCACCAGUCGCUGCUGAUGUCGGCAAACACAUGGGCGACGGCGGCUACGGCGAUUCGCCAUAUGUGUACGCAGCGCAGCCACAGCAACUGCAGGCGCUGCUCCCACCGGAUCAGCCGCGGCGGCACACGGGAACGACGGAGGGGAUUCGUGGGGAAUGCUUGUUCUCCCCCGUUGGACCCUACUCGCUGCCCGCGAAGGAGGAGGGCAACAGCUGCGAGGCCGUGCCAACGGUAGGCCCCGGCAGCCAACAGAGAGCGGCGUCUUCCCUGCGGCAUCACGUGAGCUUUGAGGAGGGCGUGAGCCUGUCGAAGGAGGCCGUGACCGACAAGGCAGCCCUCAGCUCUCCAAGGUGGGGAGCGACGCUUCUGCGCCCCGGAGCGCUGUGCAGUGGUUCGCCCACUACUAUGUCUCUCGCAUCCCCCAACGCGCACUGGCCCAGCCACCACCACACAGCUGCAAUGCCGCCACCGGUGCUGCUCCAGGGCUGCGACAUCGGCUCGCCGAUGUCGCACGACUUCGAGCACCAGCACAACGCGUCUAUGAGCGGCACCGGCUCGCACCUGGACUUUCAACUGCAUGAACUCAACUCGCUCGUCACGACCGACAGCAGCAUUGCGAUGGUGAACGGGCAUCACUGUCACCACACCAGACACGCGAGCAGCCCCUACCAGACCAGCACCACAAUAAUGGAGGAUGCCGGGGUGCCGUGUGGCCAGGGUUGCGGUUCUGUAGGCGGAUCGGUGAAUGUGACGGUGCGGGUGCGCCAUCACCAUGGUUGCACGCACUCCCACGUCGCCAGCUACUUCAGCGAUGCCACCCUGGACUCUGCCAGUACGCACCACCACCACCACGACAUGGUGCAUCACAUGAACUGCAGCACCUCCGUGGUGAGCGGUGGCGGUGGCGGUGCGGGGGCCGGGGCUGCCAGCCUGAACGGAACGCAGGCGUCGCACAGCUGUGCGAGUUUGGAGCACUCGUCGAGUGCGUUCCGCAGGCUAUCCGGCGCCGGGUGUGGCUUUCCUCUUGAACGCACCAUCGCUACGGAGAGCGAUCACCACCGCCACGCCUCAUCCCCUCGCCAACACUACGAGCACCAGCGCCACCACCAUGUGCCUGGCGCGAGGGCGAGCAGCACGCGAAGCGGUGACACGGCGAGCGCAGCGCGAAUGACGGACAAGCGUACGGGAACGUACCGGUGGGACUGGCGCACGGCAUCUCUAGACAUGGGAUAUGAAGACUGA